AUGUUCCAAAACGGCUUGCACUUCGCGAGGGAAAAGAUGCUGAAGAGUAUCAACAACAACCAAAGUCCCUUUUCCAUGGAGAGUUUACUUUCCAGCGGUAAGAUGUCCCCUGAGGACUUGGACGGCAACAAAGACGACCUGAUCGAAAGAACCUCCGAAGAAAACUUCAAGAUACACCACCACCAGCAGGAACUGUUGAUGAAGAGGAGCCUGAGUCCCGGCGUCAUAGAAAAUCGUGGUAAAAUCGAGGAGGAGGACGACAGGUUGUCUCCAAUUUCCGCCACGAAUAUCCACACUGAUAAAAAUGACGUAUUCCUAAGAUUCAAUAAUUGCCUGAGGAGUAGGAUCUGUUCGAACUGUGGACGGUUAGACUGUAAUUUUUUGCAAUGUAGACUGACUAGUGACAGUUUAAAGGACUCGAAGCCCGUUUUAAAAUUUAGUGUAAGUGCGAUCUUGGGGGAUGAAAAAAUUCAACACAGGAAUAGUAAUAGUGAUAAUUUAGUACACGUAACGCCGCCUAGUUUAUUGGGCCUCUCCACGUACCUCAACAAUCACUCACCGUCGAUAGCCAAACCUGUUGCGAGCCGGCCCCCGCAUUUCAACCCCCAUCUGCUGCUGGCGCACUGUAGGCCCCAACCCUAUCUGACAGUGUCGACGCCGGUGUCCGGCACGCAAUCGGCUGUGUUCCCCCUGCCGGGGACCUUCCCUUGGGCGCACAGCGGCCGGGGGAAGCCCCGGAGGGGCAUGAUGAGGCGGGCCGUCUUCAGCGACUUACAGCGAAAGGGGCUGGAGAGGCGGUUUCAGAUCCAGAAGUACAUCAGCAAGCCGGAUAGGAAGAAGCUGGCGGAGAAGUUGGGGCUCAAGGACAGCCAGGUGAAGAUCUGGUUCCAGAACCGGCGCAUGAAGUGGCGCAACUCCAAGGAGCGCGAAUUACUAGCGGCGGGUGGUUCCCGGGAGCAAACCCUCCCCAACAAGAACAACCCCCACCCCGACCUGAGCGACGCGAACGGCGACAAGCCGAAGCUCGAUCUGACAGACGUGCAGGACAUCUCUCCCGCCAAUUCGCCGGUCGACCACCAGAGGGCGGGCGAACGAGAGUGCUCGACCGGCAACGGAGGGCACUGCGUGUCGAUGGGGUACCAGAUGUACGAGGGGGUGGAUUACGACAGCUCAAACGACAGCGACGAGGAGAUCAACGUCACUUGA